UGUGUGUGUGUGUGGUGGGGUGGAGGGCUGGUGGAGGGGGGCAGGCACAGUCAGUUCUGAUAACAGCAACAGUAGGAGGAGGAUGAGCCGUGGGACCGCCCCACUCUCCCACAGAUAUAAAUAGGAGGUGGAUUUUUUUACUCCACUCAUUUCUCCUGAAGGAUGAGAUCCCUGAAACACCUCAAACAUCACUCCAGGAACAAUGUGGAGGAGGAGAGUAGCCGCUUGGUGCGUACCUACCCCAAGAUGACUGAAGGCCAAGUGGAUGUGGGCACGCAGACGGAGCCUGUGGUGGUGCUAUCUCUGGCUCAGGCAGCUGUUCUUGGCCUCAUCUCCCAGAAUGAAAUCUUUGGGGCCACCAUUGCUCCUAAUGGCUUCUACACUGGGGAGCCCAGAGAGUGCCCUCCUCCUCCACCUGAGGCAAUGGAGUACGAGUACGCUGACCAGCUGAUAGGGGCCAACGGGGACUACCUGGCUGAGCCUGCUGGGGAGCCGGAGCCCCAGCCCCACUGUAGUGAAAGAAGACGGCCCGGGCCCCGUGGGAGGACCAAAAGGCUCAGGAAUGAAGGAGAAUUAGAGGGUCAUCCACACAAAGCUCCAAGUCCGCAGGCUCAGGUUAAAGGUGAAAGACUUGACACUGAUACCCCUCCUUCCUGCAUUCACAUGAACAGCAGGCGUACUCCUGGCAAGUCGGAGGAUCCACUCACCCAACAAGAGUCUCUGAAAGAAGAGCAGGCCUGCGGAAACUGUGUGUCAUGUGUGAGAGAUACACCCAGGCCACAGACAGACGGACAACCAGAACAGGAACAAGAGGAAAGCUCUCGUAGAGACAGAGAGAGGAAGGAAGAGGAGCUGGUGGUGGCGGAGGAAGAAGAGGAAGAAGCACUAAACCUUAAGACCGGCGGAGACACUGGCAGUCCUCUGGAGAGCCGAUAUUACGAGUCCAAUGAGGUGGCCUAUGAGUCGGCUGACAUGCCCCUGCCAGGGGAGUAUGAGGAGAACGGCCAGGCCAUGCUGUGGUCAGACCCAGAGGGUCUUGCCAGGCGAAUGCAGAUUGACCGGCUGGACAUCAACGUACAGAUCGAUGAAUCUUACUGCGUAGAUGUGGGAGAGGGUUUGAAACGCUGGAAGUGUCGCAUGUGUGAGAAGUCCUACACAUCCAAAUACAACCUUGUCACUCAUAUCCUGGGCCAUAACGGAAUUAAGCCCCAUGAAUGUCUACACUGUGGAAAACUCUUCAAGCAGCCGAGCCACCUCCAGACUCACCUGCUCACCCACCAGGGAACCCGACCUCACAAGUGCACAGUUUGUGAGAAGGCCUUCACGCAGACCAGCCACCUGAAGAGGCACAUGCUACAGCAUUCUGACGUCAAGCCCUACAGCUGUCGCUUCUGCGGCCGUGGCUUCGCUUACCCCAGUGAGUUAAGGACCCACGAGAACAAACACGAGAAUGGUCAGUGCCACGUCUGCACCCAGUGUGGUCUGGAGUUCCCGACCUACGCGCACCUGAAGCGCCACCUGACCAGCCAUCAGGGCCCUACCACAUACCAAUGCACAGAGUGCCACAAGUCCUUCGCUUACCGCAGCCAGCUGCAGAACCACUUGAUGAAGCACCAGAACGUGCGGCCCUACGUUUGCCCCGAGUGUGGCAUGGAGUUUGUCCAGAUCCACCACCUCCGACAACACGCUCUCACUCACAAGGGUAUGAAAGAAUUCAAGUGUGACGUCUGUGCCAGAGAGUUCACCCUGUCUGCCAACCUGAAGAGACACAUGUUGAUCCAUGCCAGUGUGAGGCCCUUCCAAUGCCACGUCUGCUUCAAGACCUUUGUCCAGAAGCAGACUCUUAAAACACACAUGAUUGUCCACCUGCCGGUCAAGCCUUUCAAAUGCAAGGUGUGCGGAAAGUCGUUCAACAGAAUGUACAACCUCCUUGGCCACAUGCAUCUCCAUGCCGGCAGCAAGCCCUUCAAGUGCCCUUACUGCACCAGCAAGUUCAACCUGAAGGGCAACCUUAGCCGACACAUGAAGGUCAAACAUGGCAUCAUGGAUGCCUCAAUAGAUGGACAAGAACCCCCCCAAGACACAGAAGGCCAAGAGGACUAUGAGGAGGAGAGCUUUGAAUUCAGUGAGCGAGAAAACCGGGCUAACAACAACAACACACCGGACAUUGCUAAACUAUCUCAAAUGGAGUAUUACAGCACCUAUGGGAAGGGCACAGGGCGCUUCAGUACUGCAUGAAUUAUUAAAAUGACCCCAAAUUGAAUACAAGUGUGAACUAAUGAAAACAGGAUUCUUUUUUUGUUUUGUUUUUUGUUGAUGUUGUUGUUAAAGGCAUAGUGUUUGGGUUGUUCUUCAAGGACAUGAAGAAUCCCAGCAAACUGCACAUUCAUAUGCACUGGAAUCACUCGUAAUGCUACAAAAUUUGGAAAUGUAUACUUUUUACCUGAUUACAUAUUUUUCACCUCUAAAACACUGCAAAUCUACUGAAUACAUAUAUUAUAUUUGAGAAAAUAAAGAAAAAAUAGGAGCAUUUAGGUAAAAAAAAUUAAAUAAAUCUAUAUAAAUACGUAUAUGUUGUCAGUUGCUAAAAAAACAGGAACAUCAUCUGAGCCUAAUUUGGAAAAGCACAUUUUUAGCUACAAGCAUAAAAACAUAUGGUGAUGUUAUACUGCACUUACUCAUUCAGACAAUUGCAGUCCCUCUCAGGCUGCUGGGGUAAACUAAGGUGAAGGGUUAAAGAAGGGAACAAGUGUUACUCCUCUUUUCACUUGCCAAAGCUUUUCAAGUUGCAAAGGUUAACAAUUCACUUUGAUUUAUACUGUGAAAUUAAAUUUGAGGUCUGAGAAACGAUUGAAAUUCCAUUGGAUUUGCAAUCUGUGUUUUAUUGUAUAUUAUUGUACAGAAUGUAUCAGUCCUCUUGUAUGUUGGCUGGUACUGUAAUCAGUGCGUUGCACUGAGGACCACUGUGUCUACUUUUUAGGUUUCUGCAUUAACAAGCAUCACCCUGUAUUGAUCUCUAGUCUAUGAAUGUAAUUGUUUCUGUGGAAUGUUUUAAGAUACUAAUGAAAAGAAAUUCAAAAUACCCUUUUUGAUGGAUAGGACCCCUUUACCAAAGAAUUGGAUCAAAUCUUGCAGCUAUGGGCAAUGUCAGUCUCUUUUCCUUGAUGUUGUGUAGAGAUGGUACAUUGGAUUUCUUGGGGUCCAGUCAAAGACCUCAUGAAAUUGCAUUCAGGUUCCCCUCCCACCCAUCUGUAGAUCUCUUCAAAAGAUUACCACAGAGAACGGACUGUGGUACAGCUUCUCUUUCAACAAACCUCACCAUUUUCCCCUAAACACGUCUUCACAAGACUGCAGUAUUUUUCAAAAGCAAUGCAAACCCUGCAUUCACAUUGCAGUUGUUUUUUUUUUGUUUGUUUUUUUGAAUGGAUGAAUCUCAACAAGAAUUGUCCCAAAAAACUCGGACAGAAAUAUUAAGUGCCCCAGUGUGUCUGCGAGAGCGUGCCAUCCAUCAUGCUGUACACUGGUCUCGAGUGAUGAACGACAACCUCCCAACAUGUGACAGGGCCAUGGACCUCAUGGAAAAUGAUUUGGGAAAUGCUCAAUAUAUUCAGUUUCCCAGUGCUUAGCUUUUCAAACUUGUAACCUGCAAACAAGGUAUCCAUUUGCAAUGUUGAUAUAGCGCAUUUAUAAUAAAAAUGCUCAUUUUUGUGCGUUUCUCA